AUGGCUUCAUCAACUGAAUCGGAGUACAGAGAAAUGGACGGAUCCACUUCUUUUGAAGCGAUGGCUGCCGGAUGCUACCUCCCUUGCUUUGAAAUCCCAAAAUCCCUCGGAAUUUCGGUGAUUUUGGUCCGACCCAACUCACAUAGUUUGUGCGAGGUUUUGGAAACCAUCCGCCGGUCACCCGGAGAGUCCACCUUCACCAUUAAUUGUACUCACCUUCUCCCUCGCCCACUCCAUCCACGAAAGGGCUGCUUGGGUGAUAUAAAUACCCUGGAGAGACUGCAUAUUGACACAGUCAAAAGGAUCUCUUGGCCCAUCGCUUAUAGUAUUCCAGCUGGCGGAAAUAAGGCUUCUGUUGCAACAAAGGAACAAGGGAGAGGGUGA